AUGUUUCGCGCCCGACGGUAUCGAGUCCUACUGGUCUUCGCCGCCGUCUUCCUUUUGGCUCUGCUACAGUUCGCCCGACAUCGUGAUGGAUCGGCCUUGACGUUUGGAAUUCCUCCGCUGGCCGAUCACCACAAUCCUCCCCCGCCGUCGCCGCCCACCCCGGAGAACAACAACCCCAUCGCCCCAGAGUCUCCCCACGGUUUUUCGCCAGAAUCCCAAGAAUCCAAGGCCUCGGAAGCUUCAAGUGACGCCCAUGAUGCUCCGGACCCUCAGGACACAACGACCGCCGACUCCACCUCAUCCGAACAGUCCGAUUCCUCGAACGAGGGCUCCUCCGAACAGUCCUCCGAGAAGUCUUCCUCUUCCUCUUCCUCCUCAUCGCAUGGCUCUCAGUCAAAAGAGGACGAGUCAAAACUAACCUCCCCUGGACACGGAAGACUAGACAUCGGCGCGGGCGAUUUCCAUGGCCCGCAACCGCACUGGGAGAAGCCAGCGGAGCAUUUUCCGCUGGCUCCAGAAGAGAUCAUCAAGCUCCCGACGGGUCAGCCCAAGGAUCUGCCCAAGCUACAGGCGAGUUUCAAAGACGAGUCCUCCUCCGAUAAGAUGAGCCGCAUGGAUCGACUGGAGACCAUCAGGGCGGAAUUCGAACACGCCUGGAACGGAUACAAAGCCUCGGCUAUGGGUCACGAUGAGAUCAAGCCUCUGCGCGGGGGCUAUCGGGACCCGUUCAUGGGCUGGGGUGCCACCUUGGUGGAUGCCCUAGACACGCUCUGGAUUAUGGAUCUGAAGGAGGAGUUCGCCAUUGCUGUCGACCAGGUGAAAAAGAUCGAUUUCACUACCAGCAAGCGCCGAGACAUCCCCGUCUUCGAAACCACCAUUCGCUACCUGGGUGGGUUGCUAGGCGCGUAUGAUGUCUCCGGCCACAAGUAUGAAGUGCUCCUGGAAAAGGCCAUCGAGCUGGCCGAUAUCCUGAUCGGUGCUUUUGACACUCCAAACCGCAUGCCGACGCUCUUCUAUCGCUGGACUCCGGCCUACACUUCUCAACCGCAUCGAGCCGACACCGACGCGGUCCUCGCCGAACUGGGCUCCCUAUCGGUUGAAUUCACUCGCCUGGCGCAGUUGACCAAGGAGGACAAGUACUACGAUGCUAUCGCGCGGAUCACAAACGAACUCGAGGCCUUUCAGGGCGAAACGGUGAUCCCCGGCAUGUGGCCCACGAAGCUUGAUGCGUCCGGGUGCAGGAACCCUCGGCCACAGCUAACCAACGAGUUCGAGCGCGCAUUACCGUCGUCUAGCGUGCCCACCCCGGUUCAGAAGCCUCAGACGAGCCAGAGUGCCAAGCCUCUUCCCACGGAUGCGAAGAGUUACGAAGACUUUCUCCAGCGACGGUCGGCGGAUGGGCUUCACGAGGAUGCGCAGCCGGCCAACUAUGACCAGGUUUCUACAGACAAGUCCAGCGUGGACCAGUAUGAACAGCAAUCCGCCGUGGAGAAGAGUUGUACGGGAGGAUUGAACAGUCAGCUUGCACUUUACCAAAAGUUCAGCUUGGCGGCUCUCGCCGACUCCACCUAUGAGUAUCUGCCCAAGGAGUACAUGCUUCUCGGUGGUCUCAACGAACAAUACCACACCAUGUACGAGCGAGCCAUGAAUGUCAUCCGCGAGCAGUUCGUCUACCAACCGAUGGUCAAAGGCGGCCGAGACAUCCGUUUCUUGGCCUCUGCCAAGGUCUCGAGUCGACAAGCCGAACCGGCUGAGCGUACGACAUAUACAUACGAAGGUACGCAUCUUGGCUGCUUCGCCGGUGGAAUGGUUGCGAUGGGAGCCAAGCUUUUCGGGAUUGAGCAAGACAUGGAUCUCGCGGCCAAGUUGACCGAUGGCUGUGUGUGGGCAUACGAAUCCACGAAGACGGGGAUCAUGCCCGAGCAGUUCCGGCUCCUUCCGUGUGCGAAUGGCGAGUCGUGCGAGUGGAACGAGACCAAAUACUGGUUGGCUCUGGACCCCCACGCGGAAGAGCGCAACGCGCGGGUCAACGAGCUCAAGGCGCAGAAGCAGCGAGAGCCGCAGGAGCCGAAGAGCGGCAACUCGAUUCAUGGCAAGCGGGAGUGGCAUGUGAUUGCGACGUCAAACGAUGAAUCGCAAGAUAAUGGAGCCAAGAGCGGCUCCGACAACGAUGACAAGCGCUCCGUCUCAGACACGUCGCACGAGGAGUAUGUGAUCGGGCGCAUCCAGAAGGAACAUCUCCCACCGGGGGUGGUCAACAUCCCGUCGCGCAAGUACAUCUUGCGGCCAGAGGCCAUCGAGUCGGUGUUCAUCAUGUACCGCAUGACUGGCGAUGAGUACUGGCGGGAGAAGGGGUGGAAGAUGUUCAAGGCAAUCUCCAAGUACACGCGCACGGAAUUCGCCAACUCGGCGAUUGACGAUGUGACGGUGGACCACCCAGAGAUGAAGGACGAGAUGGAGUCGUUCUGGCUGGGCGAGACACUGAAGUACUUCUAUCUGCUGUUCAGCGACCCGAGUUUGGUCAGCCUGGACGAAUAUGUCCUGUAA